UAAACCAACGGAUAAGAUAGACCCACGGCCACGGGGGCCGCUCGCCGGAGGCUGCUGCUCUGCCAGCGACUACCCACGACGCCACCGCCCACUUACCUACCUACCUACCUCCAUCUCCAUGGCCGCCGCCGCCGCCGUACACCACCACCACCAUCCUAUCGUGGCCUCGCUCCGCCCUGCUUCGAGGCGGCUCAGCAGCAGCAGCGCCGGCAGCGCGCCGCCACAUCCCGCAGCCUCCUUCCUCUGCUGCUGCUCCCGUCCCGAGACGCCGCGCGUCCGGCUCCAGGCUCCCCGCGUCGCGUUCAACCCCUCCGGCAACUUCGACCUCUCCCUCUCCGACCAAGACGACGCACCACAAGUUGAGCCUCCUCCACCACCUACUGAAGGGCGCAUCGAGAUCGUCAUCAACAAGGAUAUCAUCCGAACACUUGACCUAUCGCCUGUGCAAGAAGCCCUUGGCAACCUGAAUUCCUUAACGACAGCUCAAUCAAGAAAUCUGUUGGACAGAACCGUCGGCUUCACAAUAAACUACGAGAGAGAGGAUCCAUACGACACGCGGGAGCUGUCCGAGUUCCCCGAUGUAAGGCUGUGGUUUGUGAGGCUCGAUGCCUCCUACCCCUGGUUCCCGGUUGUGCUUGACUGGAGAGCCGGUGAGCUCGCCAGGUAUGCCGCAAUGCUGGUCCCUCACCAGAUGAGCAUGCGUCACGGCGUAGUCUUCAACCCAGAGGCGUUGGAGCUGUUUGGGAUGAAGAAAGUGUUCGUCGUCUACUCGUGGCUGAAGCAGCAGAACCAUGCCAAGCCCAGGUUGAAGACGGGUGACAUGGCCAAGAUGCUUGGCUUCGGCAUCGGAGACGAGUUGUUCGAUUUGAUCGAGAAGUAUCCUGUUGAUGAACUCUAGAUCUUCAUGCCGAAACAUUUGGUGAAGAAUAGAUACCAUACAAUGCACAGUUAGUUGCGCUAUAUAUAUAUAGUACCCCUUCCGUAACAAAUGCUGGGCGUUUUUUUUUUGUAGCGAACAACGCCCAAAAAACGUCUUAUGUUUCUUGGUUACAAAGGGAGUAUAUACUUGUCGUUCUUGUA